AUGAGAGAGUGUGAAGAAGAAGAAGAAGGAAGGGAAGAGGAAGAGGAAGAGGCUGUUGCUGAGAGAAGUUCGAAGAUGAAGAAAGGACUUGAUAAACUUGGCCCAUUGUCUGCUUUAUAUAUUCACUGUCUGGCCAGCGACGCCCGAUUAAUAUCAACAAAAAACCGGCCGUAUGAAUAUAUCAAUAGAAUGGCGUCCUUUGAUCAAUAUAACAAGGUGGAUAGCUGUCGAGUAGACCCAGCACUCGGUUCAUUGAAGCAGCCCUCAUGUUUCCCACCAUCCCACCUCGUAGCUGUACCCACACGCAUUGUAGGAUAUCAGGUGAGGGAAACCCGUGAGCACAAAACAUACAACUUGCGAUUUGGUUGCAAGCUUUGUCUUGAUUUGACACAGCCACCUCUCUCUUUGGCGAUAAUGAGAAGCCAGCAAGCCUCCUCCCUGAUCAACUGCAGUGUAUAG